UAUCCCGAAGAAGGAUUCCACAAAGGCCACAAACAAACUUGUGGCUGUGAAUUCAUCUCUCUCUGCCUACGUGUCACCCAGCACUUUCUCUAUCCUCCCCUGUAGCCCUCAACCAACCCAACAAAAUGAAUCAAAACCUCAACGAAAUCAAAAGUUCUUCAAUUUCCUAACACAGAAGAAAGAGAAAGUGUGCUGCUGUCUGCAAAAAGACUUACCCUUCAGAUUGAUAGAUAUAGAGAGGGAAGGAAAAAUGUCAGAAGUGAUAAGAGAAUCUGCAAUUAAGCUGUUUGGGAAGACUAUAUCAUUGCCACCUGAUAAGGGUUUUACAGCAGCUUGUCAUCUUCAGCAUCAGCGAAGCUUAAGUUCUUCAGUAGCAUCAACUUCAUGUCACGAUAUUAAGAGCAAUUCAGAAGGAGAACUAACCGGGACAAAUCAAGAUGAUGUUGCCUUCAAACUGGCUGCAGAAACACCUACAGAGCAAGCAACAUCAUCAGAGAUCACUAGUGACCCUGAGAUUUUGGGAAAAGACUCGCCUCUGAAAACUUGUAGCACGGAGGAACAAAUUGAGAGUGGUGUCUCUCAAGAAAAGACGAUGAAGAAGCCUGACAAAAUACUCCCAUGUCCUCGGUGCAAGAGCAUGGACACGAAGUUUUGCUACUUUAACAAUUACAAUGUCAACCAACCCCGGCAUUUCUGUAAAAUAUGUCAGAGAUACUGGACGGCUGGAGGAACAAUGAGAAACGUGCCCGUGGGUUCAGGUCGACGCAAGAAUAAAAAUGCCUCUGCUUCAAAUUAUGGUCAUGUAAUCAUUCCAGAUACCCUCCAAGCAGCUCAAGCUAUUGCUAUAACCGGGAUGCACUUUCCCUCCUUCAAACCAAAUAGCACUGUCCUUACGUUUGGUUCAGAGAAUCCAGUUGGUGAAUCCAUGGCUUCUGCCAUUGAUCUUGCUGAAAGAUCACAAGUAAGUGUUGGAAAUGGAUUUUAUGGACGCGAAAACAGAAAUCCUGUCUACCACGGGAGAAGAGAAAUAGGUAAGGAUCACUCAAGUAGAUCUUCUGGAAUUCCUGUGUCUUUUUAUAUGACUACGCCCAACGGGGGCUGUACCGUACCAAGCGGUUGGAGUGUGCCGUUUCUAUCCCAUCCACCUACAUCUGAUAAUUCUUUACUAAGUAACCAUCCUGCUUCUACACUCGGUAAACAUUCUAGGGACGGGAACAUACUUAAAUCACCAAACAUGGAGACAGCAAAUUUUUACGAGAAAAAAAGUGCUGAGAGAUGUGUAUUGAUUCCUAAGACAUUAAGGUUUGACGAUCCAAAUGUGGCCUCAAAGAGCUCUAUAUGGUCAUCACUUGGAAUCAAGAAUGAGAAGAUUGAUUCGGCAGUACAUAUCUUUAGGACACUUCCUGCAAAGGGGAACCAGAAUGGUAACAUAGACAGUAAUUCUUUGGUGUUACAAGCUAAUCCAGCAGCUUUUUCCCGGUCACUUAACUUCCGCGAGAGUGUUUAAUGAGACUAUGUUCAUUUUAGUUAUUCUACAGCGGCAGAAUGUGCAUACGGGAACAUACAUCAAACGAGGAAAGGAUGCUGAAACGCUACAUCCUGUUUUUGUCCAUCUAGCAAGUCUGUGCAGCUCACCUUAGCUGACAGCAAUGACGGAUUCAAUCGAUGAAGUAUAAGGACUGUUAAUAUCUUCUUCCCUUGGAGACUCCUUAAGAAAUCUGUUUUUGAACAGAAGUAGUAGUUCUAUGUGUUAUUUCGUUUAUGGUUUGCCAGUAAGUUCUUUUUGUUGUACAUAGCUUUAUACAAAACAGAAAGAGGUGGUCGAAUUUUCUUCUGAAUGUACUAAAGCAGAGAUCUUGUUAACAUGAUAUAUAAAUAAAUAAAAGCUUCUAUUCUGCUGCUUAA